UAAUUCAAAGUAAUCAGUUUUAAAAUAUUUAUAGCAAAAACAGUAGUAUUUUAAGAGACUGUUUUUUAUCGUUGUCCACGCAUUUUUCCAGUAAUGUGAACAUGGUUAUAGUUGACCUACGUAAACGGUCUGUUUAUCACUCAAAUUUAGCCACGUUUACAUUUAAAAUGUUACAUAUCAGCAGUAUGGCGGUAAUUUUGAGAAUCUCACAGUUAAACUUCAGAAAAUUACAACCUUAACCUCAAAUCUCUAAAGGACGUCGUAGAAAAUUUUUUCAUUUGAUAAACAUUAAUGUGACAAAGAAAAAUAUUCAUUCUAAUGUUUUCGUUGUAUUUUAUUAAUUUUAUUAUUAUUUGACACAUGAAGAAUCGUAAAUUAACAAAGGUCAAUUCGUAUUUAUUUAGAGAAUAAUGGUAGAUGUGACAUUCGCUGCUUUAAGUUUCAAUAACAAGUAAUUUAAACUAAAAUAAAAUUAUAAAAUUCUUAAGGAUUGUUGAAAAUAUUUAAAGGACUUCAAAAUGAUUCCAUACGCUUCUCACGUGAUGACUUUGGCCAACAGUAUUAUUGGAGUUAGUGUCUUAGCAAUGCCGUUUUGUUUUAAACAAUGUGGGAUAAUUUUAGCAGCGUUAGUUCUAGUAUCAUGCUGUUUAUUAUCAAGACUAGCAUGUCACUUCUUGAUAAAAUCUGCUGUUAUGUCAAGAAGAAGAAAUUACGAAUUUUUGGCAUUUCAUGCUUUUGGACCAAUGGGAAAAUUUUUGGUUGAAUUAUUCAUUAUUGGCUUUCUACUAGGCACAUGCAUCGCAUUUUUUGUUGUUAUUGGCGACCUUGGACCUCAAAUACUUGCAAAAAUCUUAAAUAAAAAUCCAGAAAAUAUUAGAACUAGUUUUUUGCUAACUGCUGGAGCUAUAAUUGUUUUACCUUUGGGUUUAUUAAGAAAUAUUGACAGUUUAGCUAGCAUUAGUACCAUUACGAUUGGAUUUUACAUAUGUUUGGUCUUGAAGAUCAUUGUAGAGUCGAUGGGACAUAUUUUUAGGGGAGACUGGUAUGAUAAUGUAAAUUAUUGGAGGCCGACAGGCAUUCUACAAUGUUUACCUAUUUUUUCAAUGGCGUUAUUCUGUCAAACUCAGUUAUUUGAAAUUUAUGAAUCUAUUGAGAAUCCUUCUUUAGAGAAAAUGAACACUAUUGUUAGAGGGGCCAUGAAUAUUUGUACACUUGUUUACCUUUGUGUUGGAUUUUUUGGAUACGUUGCAUUUUGUACACAAUCUUUCUCAGGAAAUAUUUUAAUGAGUUUUGAACCAAGUCUGACGUCUGAUGUAAUAAAAAUAGGUUUUGUCUUAUCAGUUGUGUUCAGUUUUCCUUUAGUGAUCUUCCCUUGUCGAGCAAGUCUGAACUCUCUUUUUUUUCGAAGGGUUUAUCUACAUGAGACUGCAAGUAAUUACAUUCCAGAAACAAGAUUUAAAUGUUUAACCAUUACUAUUGUAACAGUAUCAUUAAUAAUAGGACUUUUAAUGCCUAAUAUUGAAUUCGUUUUGGGUUUAGUUGGUUCUACAAUAGGCGUAAUGAUAUGUUUAAUAUUUCCUGCUGGUUUUUUUAUCACAAUCAGUACAAAAAAUACUAAUGAAAGACUGGUAGCUCAAGUUAUAUUGUUUAUUGGAAUGUGGAUUAUGAUAUUAGGAUCGUAUGCUAAUUUGUAUGCUAUUGAAGAAUCUUCGACUACCAGGGUAUCUGUAGUUACAGAAAAACCUUUCCUUCCCAUCAAUAAUAUUCAUUUAAGUGAUAUCAAUGAUCAUCCACCACUCAUUCCUCAAGUUAAAGAACUGAUUUCUAAAGAAAAAGAAAAUUUAAUACCGGAUCUCAAAAAGGAAGUAGAAAAACCAUUUGGAGCUGGGGAACCGUGGCAAGAACCCUUGAUUGCAGUAGAACGACCAAUCGAGAUUAAUAGAUCUGAAAUAAAAACUCCAAAGCCAAACAAUAUCUCCUUAAAAUCUGAAUUUAAAAAAGGAUCAAAGAAAAUUAAAAUAAUGAAUAAAACUCUCAAGACGGAUGAAAACAAUUCCAUUAAAUCUAAAGAUAAAGCCACGGAAAAUGAAGUGAUAAAUAUGGAACCACAAAUACAGGCAAAUAACGAUUUAAAAAAAGUGAAUAAUCAGCCAGUGCGUGAUGAUUCUAUCAAUGUUGAUGCUCUAAAGAAAGAAGACUUAGAAAUAGCAGCAGCUAAAGAAGUUUCUGUUGUUGAGUUUGAUAAGAAGAAUGAUCAGUCCGACAAUAAAAAGAUGAAUAAUGAAAAUAGUGAUGUAGAAGACAAAAGAUUAUUAAAGCAAAAGGAUAAAUCAGAAAAUGACAAGGACGAAUUCAAAAAUAUACCAGAGAAGAGAAAUUUAGAUAAAAAUGAAGCGAUUUUAGAUAGUAACAAUAAUAAGAGUGAGGAAAGAAAAGAGAUCCAAGUACCUUUAGCAAACGUGCCUUUAGUGGAGUCUCAAGGUCUUGUUUCUAAACCAUUAUUAGAUUUGUCAUCUAACACAUCGAACUCUCUGAUAAUUAAAAAUAAUAAUAGUCAUAUGAAUAACAGUGAUAAUAGUAAUAUCAAUAACAAUUUUAACAAAAGUGAUAAUAAAACAGAUGAUUUAUAUUUAAGCAAGAGAAACCAAUACCCUUUACCAAUUGUUCUAAAAAUGGUGAAUCAAUCAAAAGAAAAAAAUAGUCCCAUAUUAAAUGAAGAAAAUAAAGUGAAAAAUGAUGAUGAUUCAGCAUUAGCAGUCCAUCGAGAUAUUUUAGAAGAACAUGUAAGAGAGAAACGUAAUGCAGAUGAAAAUGUAAUAAUUUCCAAUGUAAUGGACCAAGAAAUGAUAGGCAACAGUGUUGUACAAGAGAUAAGUAUUGAUGAUAAUAAAACUUCAAGUUGUCCGAGAAAUGAAUCGAGGAAAUCAAAUGAAGAACUGAGUAGUGUUAUUAAGAAAGAAAUUGAAGUUCCAUCUACUACGGAACCAAUUAUUAAAACGAAUGCUUAUUUAACAAAUCAGAAAUUUACUGAUGCUAUCUAUUUAAACGAAAAUCUAUCUAUAAAUCUUGAAUACCAAAUAGUGAAAAAAAGAGAUUUAAAAACAUUAAAACCUGGUUGAUAAUACUAAAAGAAUUUAUUAGUAUGUAUAAUAGACUUGUGUAUUUAUUUAUUUCAUGAGGGAAUUAACUGAGUAAUUGAAUAAUUGAUAAAUCAUGAAAUUAUCGUAAUAUUUUUGUAAAUACUGAGGGCAUUUACAUUUAGUUAUUUUGUUAUAUUAUUUAACCUUCAUCAUUAGUGAUGUCAAUACUGAUUUAAUGAAUAAAUAAAUUAGUAUAAGUUGGAAAAUUUUAUAUAUAAUUAUGAAGCAUGUA